AUGUGCUUAAAUUUUUUUCAGAUCGGAUCAUGGUCGUAUCCACUCGAAUUAGUAAGGCUAUUUGUUGACCAGAAAGAGGUAUUUUUAGGUGAUUUUUACGAUAAUCAAGAAUGGCUACUCGAGAACGCUACUCUUUAUAAUGGCACUAUGGAUUAUUUAAACAAUCAAUCAUUUUCAACAAUAUUUAUGGAAUUGAUACUCCGAAGACAAUCAUUUUACUAUGUUUUUAAUUAUGUUUUUCCGACAACCUUGGUGAGUUUGGUUGCAGUCGUUGGCUUUCAUGCACCAAUAAAUGCAACUGGUCGACGUGAAAGUAAAUUUCGGUUGGGAAUAAUGACAUUAUUAAGCAUGUCGGUGAUGCUUUUAAUGUUAGUAAAUGAAAUGAAAUUCGCACUGGCGUCAAUACCUGGACAACGAGGAUCAUUUUCUGAUGUUCCCUUAUUAGGAGUUUUCCAUAUGAUACAAAUGUUGAUAAUCAGUGUUGCAACUUGUACGAGUACUGCAUUUGUUCUUCUCGAAAAGUAUGCACUGCGAAAUCAGUAUUUCCAUGCCAUACCUUGGUGGUUGAGAUUUCUCACAGGCAAAAAACUGUUUUGUUGCUAUGUUCCCACCAAAUUUCGAUUGGCACGGAACGAAAAAAUCGAACGGAACCACAACAUAUCAACACGUUUCAUAAGCUCAACAUCAGCUGAUAGUGCCACUUUUGGAAAUAUUAUUCCUGCUGAAGCAAAUUUUAUCGAAUGUCACCGAGAUGCGGCAGCAACUGAAGCGACAAUCGAUUGUCCACCACCACUAACGAAUCAGAGAAUCGAACUCCUCGUCAGCCUUAUGCGUGAAUUCAUUCAAAUGAAAAAAGAAAUGCAGAAAAGGCAUAAUUAUCCGAAUUUCUGGGAACGUGUUUUAUCUAGGCUAGAAACUAUUUCUUUGAUCACUUUUCUAUUUUUCAUAUUCUUGAAUGUUACGAUGUUCAUGUAUGCAGAAUUGUGGUACUAA